CUACCGAUCGGCCGGUGGAUUAUGUUUGUUUAACUUCGUUGCGAUGCUCUUCGCGGACCCUUGUCUAGCUUUGCCGCUGCCGAUCCGGUUCGGUUCGGUGUGCGUGUGCGUGGUUGCGAGCGCUCGACAACAAGUGCGACACCAAGACUAUCGCACACGGUCAUACAAUCGGGAGGUCGCUGCCAGAGUCCGGCACCAUUAAAACAUACUAACGCAACACCGGACUACUUCAUUCUCCUCAGAGCCUAGCGUUCGAGAGCACAACUACCCGGUGUAUUCGCGUGUAACUCAAAGUCGUCGCCAUGCAGCGGUUCCGUGCGGCAUUGGCUUUGCUGGCGCUAGUCGCCCUUUCCUUCCGGCCCACAGUUGCUGACGAUCUCAGCCUGGACGAUUUGAUCAACUCGGUAUUCACGACGUCCUCACCGGGUAAGGACGUACCACCGCCAACAUCCGCACCACCACCACCACCGACGCCAGCGGUUGGCGUGAAGGGUGGACCGUGUGGAAAUGAAGCCGUCUGCAUCCAGAAGUACCUUUGCUCCAACAGCAGCACGUCCGGCGAGGGACUGAUCGAUAUUCGCUUCUCGGACGAUAACCCGUGCGUCGACUAUCUGCUGCAGUGUUGCUACGAUGAGGACAUUAUUCAACCUCCACCGCCAGUACCGCCGACACCGAACCCAGUGCCAAAUCCGAACCCCAACCCGGGAACCAACCCCGGACCGAAUCCUGGCCUCGUGCACGAUUCGCGCUGCGGUCGCCGCAAUGUGGACGGUAUCGGAUUCCGCAUCACCGGCUCGAAGAACAACGAGGCCGAGUACGGUGAGUUCCCGUGGAUGGUGGCGAUCCUGAAGACGGAGGAAGUGCUCGGUCAGUUGCGCGAGAACGUGUACACGUGCGGUGGUUCGCUGAUUCACAGACAGGUCGUGCUGACCGGGGCCCACUGCGUCCAGAACAAGGCUCCGGCCCAGCUGAAGGUGCGUGUCGGCGAGUGGGACACGCAGACGAAGAACGAAAUCUACCCGCACCAGGACCGAUCAGUUGUCGAGAUCGUGGUCCAUCCGGACUACUACAAGGGUGGACUGCAUAACGAUGUCGCGCUCCUGUUCCUGGACUCACCGGUCGAACCGAACGAGAGCAUCCAGACGGUGUGUCUACCGCCGCAGGACAUGGUGUUCAACCAUGAGACGUGCUUCGCCAGCGGAUGGGGUAAGGACGUGUUCGGCAAGGCCGGCACCUACCAGGUAAUCCUAAAGAAGAUCGAUCUGCCUGUCGUUCCGAACGAUCAGUGCCAGACGGCCCUUCGCACGACCCGACUCGGUGCCAAGUUUAAUCUGCACAAGAGCUUCAUCUGUGCCGGCGGUGUGCCCGGAAAGGAUACGUGCAAGGGUGACGGAGGUUCCCCGCUCGUGUGUCCCGUCCCCAACUCCCCGCACCACUACUACCAGACUGGAUUGGUCGCCUGGGGUAUCGGGUGCGGCGAGAACGGCAUCCCGGGCGUUUACGCCAACGUGGCCAAAUUCCGUGGCUGGAUCGAUCAGCACAUGGUGCAACGUAACUUCGGUACAGAAAGCUAUACGCCCUAGUGCUCGUUACUGUGGACAGACUUACUUCUCACCACCACACACUGGGAGCGAUAGGUGUGGAUUUUAGCGAACUUAAACAAGACACUCAAAAUAAACCCUCCUGACGAGCAUGAUGCGACCCUGCUGCUGAUGAAUGCGCUUAUCAGCGCCACACAAGUAUCGACGAAUGUGACCCAAGGAGAGGUUCGUGACCGCGCUUCGCUUCGUCUUGCCGUACGAGAUGUUCCGAAAUCCUCCUUACGAGCCCCCUUUUUUAAGUGAUUAUGAAUACUUUUAAACAAUUUGUAAACAAUAAAGCUUCUUUACAAUAGAACUGAA